CGUAGUACCCAUACAGGUUGCAAACUGUGAACAUUUAUGUCUGCUUAAAAAAAUAAUGGGACACAUAAGUUGAACUAUCAAUCAAUCAUUAUUUGUUUGACAAAUGCCAUUGGUUGGAAAUUUGUUUCCGUCACAUGUGAAUCCAAAUGACUGCACUAUCUAAGUUUGAUAAGUCAGGGGGCAGCAUGAACGCGACAUUGCUGCAAAAACUGUUUACAUUCCCAAACUUGGUCCAUGCAGUAGCAGGUGCAGCCGGUAGUGUAUUUGCCAUGUUUGUGUUCUAUCCGUUGGAUACAGCCAGAACUAGAUUACAAGUGGAUGACAAAAGAAAAGCAAAGCAUUCACCUCUAGUGAUGGCAGAAAUUGCAAAGGAAGAAGGCUUACUAUCACUGUAUAGAGGGUUGUUUCCUGUGCUUGUAACUUUGUGUUGCUCAAACUUUGUUUACUUCUACACCUAUAAUGGAUUGAAGACAACAUACCUUAGUGACAUAGACAAGGAGACACCAAUAAAAGAUCUCACCUUUGCAUUUGUAGCAGGUGUGAUAAAUGUAUUGGUGACCACACCAUUAUGGGUUGUUAAUACCAGACUAAAACUUCAAGGUGCCAACUUCCAUACAGAUGAACAUAAAGAGGCCAAAGUUCCCAGGUAUAGAGGGCUAAUAGAUGCCUUGUUAAAAGUAGCUAGACAUGAAGGAAUUGCAGCUCUAUGGAAUGGAACACUGCCAUCUGUUGUACUGGCAUCAAAUCCUUCAGUACAGUUCAUGGUUUACGAGGCAGUAAAAAGAUACUUUCAAUCAUUGCUUAAAACAAAGGAGCUAAGUGGUUUUCUUUAUUUCAUCAUUGGUGCAAUUGCAAAGACAGUAGCAACAGUUGUAACCUAUCCUCUACAGGUUGUUCAGUCAAGAUUGAGGGCUGGACGUCAUAAGAAAUCAGAACAACAGGGAAUUCUUCAGAAUCUUGUUGAUAUUGUCAAGGACAAUGGUGUAUCAGCAUUAUAUAAAGGAAUGGAAGCUAAGUUAAUACAGACAGUUUUGACAGCAGCUUUGAUGUUCUUGACAUAUGAAAAGAUUGCAGCAUUUAUAUUCAGGACAAUGGGGCAUAACCCAAGUUAAUAUCUUAGAAAUUAUGUUAACAUUGUAUUUUAUGGUGCUAAGUUUUAAGAUUGCCAAAAUUUAUAUAAUUUGUUUUAAUUUAUACUGCGCCCAUUUUAUAUCUUUUACAUCUUAUUAAAAAUUUUAGAUACAUGUUGAUCAUUUUCUUUCUGAUGUAAGCAUUUUAUAAUGUUGAUGGUCGCUAAAUCAUGUAAAAAAAAAUUACUAAAAGAUAAUCAAGUUUUUAUAUAUGAUUAUAUAUGAUGGAUCAUGACUUAGUGAAAAAAAAUUGUCACUGAAUGGUUAAAUAGACAGUCUAGAAGGUUUUUGAAAUCAUUACCAAAGAAGUAUUUUGUUGUCAUAUUUUAAUGACUUUUUAACACAACACCUUAGGUCUUUAAAACCCAACUGUUAAGGCAGGGAUGCAAUUCCAUUCUGAAUUUAAUGCAAAAGUCUGUCUAAAAAAAAUAAACAACAUUCAAUUUGAAAAAUACCUUAGGUUUAUGGUAUAUUUUAUGGGAAGGAUAAAUGAAUUUAUAAAUCUUAUAUCUGAAUAUUUUAGCUGAAUUCAAGAGGAAGUGAAAGUUAUUUUAAAAUGAUGAUUUUUUUUCCCUGUAUCUAUUCCAAGUUCCAGAUUUAUCAUAGUCUUACUGUGGAUUCAUUUAUUUUCGUGGGUACCAAUUUUCUCGGGUUGAGGAAAACGUGCAUAUUCGUGGAUAUUUAAUUUCAUGGUUUUGGAAAAGUAUACAUACAUUCCUUGUAGAAAUUUGUAAUUUGUUGAAUAUUGAAAUGCGUGGUUCCCCUGUGCCCACUAAAAUUGAUAUCCAACGAAUAUUAAUGAAUCCACAGUAAUUUUAGAAUAUAAAUUUGGACAAAACUAUGGUAUCUGCUGUCUAACAUGAAACAACUUGUUAUUUUCUGAAAAACAUUGUUUUAAUUUUUUAUUGUUGAUGCAUCUAGGUUGUUUAUUAACUUUACUACUUUUAUAGUAAUCUGGAGAGUUUUUAAUGUGAAAUUUGUCUGAAAGGCAAAUAAAAUACCAGUGUAGAAAUUGAUGAGACAUUAUUCCAGUGUUAUUGUAUUGUAUGUUAUUGUUAAUGAUUUAUUUAGGAUGAAAUUUUGAGAACAAAUUUAUAUUUCAUAUUUGUUGUUGGAAUAGUUCUAUUGUUUGUUUUUGUGCAUUCUAAUAUUAUUGGAUUAAAAUAACCCAUAGGUGAAUGAAAAGGUUAAAACCAUGUAUUUUCCAUGAAAAUAUUUAUAACUAUGCAUGCAUUCAUUAUUAUUCUGACUUGGAUUUCAUUGGUAAAGAUGAACAACAAAAACUUAUAGCAGAAUUUGUGUAAACCUCCAAACUGAAUAUCAAUGAAAAUUUAUGCACAUGAAAAUCUGAAUUGCCUUCUGUCCAUCUUGUGCAUGAACAAGUAUUUUUACCUGCUAACUUUAAAAUGUUCUAGACAAUCUGAGAAACAAACACUCAUUCAAGCAGAAGUUUGAUUGCCAAAAUAAAUUUGUAAGCUGUAUUUUUUUUCCACUAUAAAUGGAUGAAUUUUAUAAUAAAAAAAAUAGAAUAAUUUUACUCAACAAACCUUUUUAAUUUUGGAUUUUACACAAGUUUGAACCCAGUGUAGGACUAUUCAUCUAAUGAAACAUUUGCUGUAUUUUCAUCACGAAUUAGAUUAUGUAUCAUUUCAAGUUUUAAAUUGGGAUAAAAAAAAAAGUAUCCCUCAUUUGAAAAAUAAAUACUUAUUUGGGCAACUAUUCCCCAUUUAAAGGUUUGUUCUCAAAAUGUAAAAUAUCUUUAGAAUUAGUGUUAUUAAAAAAAAAAAUCAAAA